UUGGUAAAUUGAAACUGUGUAGGAGAGGGCAGGAUGUGAGGGAGGGAGUGGGAGCGGGAAAUGGCGAUUCCUAUGAUAAGGGCUUUGAUUUCUCAGUCUCAGUCUCUUUCUCACCCGCUCAUUCAGUCUCUACCUCGUACCUUAUCAAGCAUAGAUGAAUCGUCUUCAAGGAGGAAAAGGUUGCUUUGCUGUGCUCCCUCGGAACUCAAUCCUGCUCGGUCAGACGUGUCUUUUUCUGUUGGAACUCACCUUAUUCCACACCCCAAGAAGGUUGACAAAGGUGGGGAGGAUGCUUUCUUUGUGAGCGACUACAAUGGGGGAGUUAUUGCUGUUGCUGAUGGUGUCUCUGGUUGGGCCGAACAGAAUGUGGAUCCUUCAUUAUUCCCUCAGGAAUUGAUGGCUAAUGCUUCAAAUUUAUUGGGGGAUGAGGAGGUUAACAACGAUCCUCAGAUUCUCUUAAGGAAAGCACAUGCUACUACCUUCUCCAUAGGUUCGGCUACCGUGAUUGUUGCCAUGCUGGAGAGGGAUGGGAUUCUAAAGAUUGCCAAUAUUGGGGAUUGUGGCCUAAGAGUUAUUCGUGAUGGUCAAAUAAUCUUUUCCACACCUCCACAAGAACACUAUUUUGACUGUCCCUAUCAGCUGAGCUCAGAGGUUGCUGGCCAAACAUACCUUGAUGCAAUGGUUAGCAAGGUGGAGUUAAUGGAGGGAGACGCCAUCAUAAUGGGUUCGGACGGGUUGUUUGAUAAUGUUUUUGACCAUGAAAUUGCUUUGACAAUAGCCAGACACAGAAAUGUAGCUGAGGCUGCAAAGGCAUUAGCUAACCUGGCAAGAGAUCACUCUAUGGAUUCCAACUUCGAUUCCCCCUAUUCAUUGGAGGCCAGAUCCAAGGGUUAUGACGUUCCUCUUUGGAAGAAAUUUUUUGGCAUGAAGCUUACGGGUGGAAAGCUUGAUGAUAUCACUGUGAUUGUAGGCCAGGUUGUAAGCUCAUGAGAAGUUUAUGGUCUCUUCGAAAAAAGGUCAAAACAAUUCAAUGUGGCCUAAAUACAGCCACCUCUUGAAGGUAGCACUCAGAAGUAUUUUUGAUUUGUUCUUGAUGACUUCCAUAGAUAUGAAGGAUCCUAUAUAAAACUACUGCACCAUGUUUCUUUUCACAAUUAGCUUUAAGAUGUUGGAAGAUUCAUGGAAUUAUGGAAA